AUGAAAAUCGGCAUCGUUAUUGCCCUGACCACGGCUGUCAUGCUGAUGGAACUUCACACCUGCGCAGCUCAGUGUGUGCCACAAGAAUGGACUGAUGGAUGUAGCCAUGUCCCCGACUUGGAUUUCGAACAUGACUGUAACCAACACGACGUAUGCUACGGAUGUGGCUUCAAGCUUGGUGUAUCACGCGAGAACUGUGAUGACCGUUUUGUUGACAACAUGAAAAACACGUGCGAAAAAGAAUAUGGUUGGUACAACCCUUGGCGAUACGGGUGCAUGUCGCUUGCUGUAGUUUACUACAAAGCGGUUCGGGCAUUUUCAGAGGGUGCUUACCAGGUUCCGUCCAAGUGGUUUAGCGAUGCACCAUGGGUUCCCGCAGUGAAGACCAUGCCUGCACCAGCAUUGAGUCCGGACCUGAAUCUUAUAGAGAAUGUUUGGGCAACAUUGAAGGAUUAUUUAAAGCGACAAGUGAAGCCCAGAACAAAGGCUCAACUUUUCCAUGGAAUAACAGAGUUUUGGAACAAUCUAACAGCAGAAGACUACAAACCAUCUCUACCUACAACUCCACCUCCUGCAGACAAACCAUUUCUACCUACAACUCCACCUCCUGCAGACAAACCAACUCUUCCGACAACUCCACCUCCUGCAGACAAACCAUCUCUUCCUACAACUCCACCUCCUACAGACAAACCAUCUCUACCUACAACUCCACCUCAUGCAGACAAACCAUUUCUACCUACAACUCCACCUCCUGCAGAAAAACCAUCUCUGCCUACAACUCCCCUUUCUGUAGACAAACCGUCUCUGCCUGCAAAUCCCCCUACUGCAGAAAAACCAUCUCUACCUACAACUCCCCUUUCAGUUGACAAAGCAUCUCUUCCUACAACUCCACCUCCUGCAGACAAACCAUCAUUUCCUACAACUCCACUUCCUGCAGACAAACCAUUUUUACCUACAACUCCACCUCCUGCAGACAAACUAUCUCUACCUACAACUCCACUUCCUGCAGACAAACCAUUUCUUCCUACAACUCCACCUCCUGCAGACAAACCAUUUCUUCCUACAACUCCACCUCCUGCAGACAAACCAUCUCUUCCUACAACUCCACUUCCUGCAGACAAACCAUUUCUACCUACAACUCCACCUCCUGCAGGCAAAACAUCUCUGCCUACAACUCCACUUCCCGCAGACAUACCAUUUCUACCUACAACUACAUCUCCUGCAGAUAAACCAUCUCUUCCUACAACUCCGCCUCCUGCAGACAAACCAUUUCUACCUACAACGCCACUUCCUGCAGACAAACCAUUUCUACCUACCACUGCACCUUCUGCAGACAAAACAUUUCUACCUACAACUGCACAUUCUGCAGAUAAACCAUCUCUUCCUACAACUCCACUUCCUGCAGACAAACCAUCUCUUUCUACAACUCCACCUCCUGCAGACAAACCAUUUCUACCUACAACUCCACUUUCUGAAGACAAACCAGUUCAACCUACAACUGCACCUUCUGCAGACAAACCAUUUCUACCUACAACCGCACCUUCUGCAGAUAAACCAUUUCUACCUACAAAACCACAUCCUACAGAAAAAAACACCUGUACCUACAACAACACCUUCUAUGGACAUACCAUCGCGACCUACAACACCACCCCCUACAGAAAAAACACCUGUACCUUCAACACCACCUUCUGUGGACAUACCAUCUCAAACAACAACACCGCCUUCUAUGGACAUACCAUCUCGACCUUCAACCGCAUCUACUACAGACAAUCUAUCACGACUAGCUACCCCACCUUCUACAGACAAACUAUAACGAUCUACAACCCCACCUGUUAUAGACAAACCAUCACGACUUACAAACCCACCUGCUAG